ACCGCUAGAAUAAUAAUGAUAAGUGAUCCCCACACCCAUCAUCCGCCGGGCCCUCCGUCAGCAAAGCUACUGGGCAGAGAUGGGAAAACAUCCUACUCCAUUCAACAGAGGAAACCAGAGGACUGGGUGGGGGCCGCGGGGCCGGAAGGAAAGGGGAAGCCAAAGUGGACAGGGCAAGACGAACGCAAAGCCGGCGGCAUCAGAGAGACAGCGACUGCAGGACUGAGAGCGCCUCGCACCACAGGUGUCUCCUCUGUUUUCACCAUGCCUGCCUCCUUCAUGUCCAUCCUCUGGUGCCUCCUCCUCACCUUCCAUCUUGACCUUUCAUCUCCCGCAGUUGAGAAGCCCACUUUUCGCCCCAUUUACAGUCGGCGACCAUUUGUGGUCGGCUGGAAUGCACCAACGCAGGAAUGUCCGCCGCGACACAAUGUGCCUUUCGAUUUACGACUCUUUGACUUCAGUGCGUCUCCCAACGAGGGCUUUGUGGACCAGAAACUCACCAUGUUCUACAAGGAGCGCCUCGGGUACUACCCUUACUAUGAUGAACAUAACACUUCCUACUACGGUGGCGUGCCCCAGAACGCCAGCCUCAGCGCCCACCUCAGCUGGAUGCAGGAAGGGUUAAAGAAAUACAUCAACAAGAUGGUGGACGAGGAGGGUCUGGCCGUCAUUGACUGGGAGGAGUGGCGCCCCAUAUGGUUAAGAAACUGGAUCCCUAAGCACAUCUACCGGGAUAUGUCCUGCAAGCUGGUGGCCGACCGCCACCCCACCUGGCCCAAGGACAACAUCCAGAAGCAGGCGCAAUAUGAGUUUGAAAGCGCGGCCCGCAGCUUCAUGGAGCAAACGUUGCUGCACGCCCGCAGCUUCCGGCCGCGCCAACUCUGGGGCUUCUACCUGUUCCCGGACUGCUACAACCACGACUACCAGACGGACAAGGAGCGCUACACUGGCAAGUGUCCGGACGUGGAGAUCUCCCGCAAUGACCAGCUGUCCUGGCUGUGGGAGGCCAGCACCGCGCUCUUUCCGUCCAUCUACCUGAACCAGACGCUGGAGUCCAGCGCUCAGGGACGCAAGUUUGUGCAAUUCCGGGUGAAGGAAGCCAUGAGGAUCGCAAACAAGCACCACAAGGACUACGCCCUGCCCGUCUACGUGUACUCCCAGCCCACCUACAUGAAGAAGAUGGACACCCUGUCCCAGAUAGAUUUAGUCCACACCAUUGGUGAGAGUGCUGCACAGGGGGCCGCCGGCGUCAUCUUCUGGGGUGAUGCCGAAUAUGCAAAGAACACGGAGUCUUGUCUGAAGGUGAAGUCGUACCUGGAAGAUAUUUUUGGUGAAUACAUCGUGAACGUGACGACCGCGGCGGACCUCUGCAGCCGCUUUCUCUGCAGCUGGAAUGGUCGCUGCCUAAGACAACACAAUAUGACAGACGGCUUUUUGCACCUCAGUUCGGAGAGCUUUCGUAUAGUGCGUGCCGCGAAAGGUGUGAACACGGCAGCCCCUAUGUGGGCGGAGGGGCAGCUCUCUGAGGACGACAAGCGCUACCUGAGUUCACAUUUCCGCUGCCAGUGUUAUGUGGACUGGUACGGCGACAGCUGCGGGACUCAGAGAAGCACCGGGAACCGAGCAGGAAUCACAGGGCGCCCCAGGGGCCACUGGCUGCUGGGGUCACUGCUAGCCUUACUGCUCUUGCUGCUCUGAGGGUCACAUGUGUCGUACUGGAAGUUAACACUACAUUAGACUGUGGGUGAUGGGGCCCCAGAAUGUUAUCAUUUGGUCCCUGGAAACGUAUUUACUUAUUUAUUUGAAAUGAACUCUGUAUCCGCCAUGGGAUGGCGCUGUGUAUCCUACCUCGGACGCAUUGAUUCCGCCUGUGCCUUCACACAGGACCCAAGGGCUAGUGGUCCCCUCCACGUCUGAGACUGUGCAAUAGGGUCUUCAUCCUGCCUGCCCGGGGGCCCAAUGUUUGACCUGGAUCAGUGCAGCCUCCCAACCCCCAACAGGUUAAGGGUAAUUGCACUCAGGAACCGCGUUACCUGCCGCUCACGCCGGUGCCUUGACCCGUUUUUUAUACUGUUGGAUGCUGCCAUUUUGUAGUAUUUUCUGAAGUCUCCUUGUCGUGUAGCUUUCGGGGCCACCGGGCAUUGUGUGAAUGUGCAGCGUCUAAUCUGGAGCCGGUCAUCCAGACUGCACACGCGCCCAGCUCUGCUAUUCCCGACUGCCAACAACCAGAAACACAAAACAAUAAAGUAUUGUAAGAA